ACAAUUCGAUACAAAUCCAAUGGUGACCGGCAAAAUUUAGCCAACAAUACACAAUAAGAUUUUAUAAUUCAAGCUUUGUAUAGCAUCGCCUGCAAGUGUAAAGUUUUAAGGGCUUCAUUGAAAGCGUCUCCACUGGGAUUGUCAUGGAUAAGCGCGUCACUGUCCUGUUGCCCAAUGGUCGUCGACAAAACGUCAACGUUAGGCCAGACAUGACAUUGCUGGAGGUACUGGAGACGGCGAGCGCAAAGCAUGGCUACGACAGCGAGGAACAUUGCCUCAAAUUCCACAACAAGGAUGUUAGUCUGGCGCAGCAGUUCCGCUUUAGCGGCCUGCCCAACAACUGUGUGCUGGAAAUGGAGCCUACGGAAAAGCGGCGGCCGUUGAGCAACGUUGUGGUAUGCAUUCAACUUAUUGACGGAUCCCGUCAGCAAGGCGAGUUUCCGCCCAGCAGCACCGUCUGGCAAAUAGUGCAGGAGCUAUUUAGUAUCCAAGUGGAAGCCUACGAAAGCCCGGUUAUCAUUUACAUGCGUAGCGAGGUGAUUGGUGAGGAGCAAAUGCGUCAAACGACAUUGAAAUCGCUGGGCAUACUAGAGGGACGCGCCAUGAUGCGAUUGAUCGACAAGAAGCCGGAGGAGCUUAAAAGGCAGGCCAAUGUCUACAAGCCGGCAGAGACGAAAGCAAAAUUAGCGGACGAGUACGACGAGCAGCCCAGCACCUCGCGGUCGGCCAUGGGUGGUUCUGGCAGCGGUGGAGGCGGCUUUGCGCUUACCAACGAUAUGUUGAAAUCGCUCAAGCGCUCAGCCUCUAAUGAAAACUCCCCUACGGCCUCAGCAGCAGGAGCUCCUGCCGGAACAAAUGUGCAAAAGAGCGAGCCUGAGCAGGUCAAAUAUGACUGGGGCAGUGGCUCGGGCUACUUACUGCAUCACCGCAACGAGGAGGAGGAAUACGAUGAGGAUGCCGAUGAAAAUACCGGUAAAGUACCGCCAGUGGUAAACGUAAUUGGACCACGUAACGCGGUGCUGUUCUCACUGGAUGCGGCCAACAGGCAUAACGACGAUCUGCCCGAUUCGUUUUUCGACUUGACAGUCAACGACUUGAAAAUGGUGCUGCGGGACCUGAAGCGCACUGCGGCGGGCAACGAGGAUGCGCCGCUGCUCACUUCCAAUCUGCGUGAAUUAGAACGCCAAAAGGCCAUGCUGGCGAAGUUGAAUCAGUACAAGGAUUGCGUGUUACGCAUACAGUUUCCCGACCGCCAUGUGCUACAGGGAAUUUUUAAGCCACACGAACCGCUUGGCAGGGUGGAAGAGUUUGUACGUGGAUUUCUUGCCAAUCCCAGCGAAAAAUUUCACCUGUUCACCAUACCGCCAAAGAAGAUCUUGCCGACGGACGAAACGCUUCUGGAGCUCAAUUGUGUGCCCAAUGCCGUGUUGCAUUUCACAUUCGUUCAGGACAACCUAAACGCGGUGACAAAUAGUUUCCUGCAGGAAAAAUUUAUCGCGCAGCUAACCUCGGAGGAAGGGGCUCUUUAUGCCGUGCAAAAGUAUCGCCUCACCAGGGCCACCGUUAGUUCCAGUUAGUUGUGGAAUCUAUGCAUUUUAGCGAACACUUUGCGUGAUAAUAAAUAACUCGCUUUUUUUUAUUCUAUAAGCGAACCAAUGCU